AAAAAUAGCCCUAAAAUUCGUCGCUAGGGACCCCUCUGCGAAAAAUUCCCCCAAAUUCUAAACCUAACAAGCUCAACCAUGGAGUAUCCAUGGCGUUCUAGGUCUCCACCAGCUAAUUUAUGCCCAAUUUGCUCGCAUUCUCACUUCCCUUUCUGCACACCACCUCCUCCCCAAUACUUCCGGCCUCCACCACCGCCUCCGAAUCAAUUUUUCCGCAGUCCACUCCCACCUCCUCCUCAUCAAGCUUCAUAUGAUCCGUUCGUUGACCACCAAGGCGGCCCCGCCGUCACUCCUUAUCCACCACCACCUCCGGCGCAAAUUCCGCCCGGGCCGUGGAAUAGUGACCCUAAUUACAGCAGUGAGUACUACCGAAAUCCAAAUUCCGGACCGGAUCGUGAAAUUCCUAGUCAAAUUGGCGUCAAGAGAAUGCGAUUCGACAACGGCAGUGACGGUUAUGUUGGUUCGUUUGAGGAAGACGAGAGGAGGCUGAAACUGAUUCGUGAUCACGGAGCGGUAAGUGGCGGUUUGGAUAGAAAAUAUGACGGAGGAUGCAGCGUCUCGGAUCGUUCUCACGAGCCGAGCAAUUUUCAGGGGAUUGAGAGUGGUUAUCAUAAGGAAAAUAAUCAUAGCGUUAAUCAAAACAGACCGCUUCAUAAUCAAAACAAGAGUAGUGUGAUGCACAAUCAUUAUGGAAGUAGUCCUGGAGCUGAUGGGUAUAGGAAUUUCAGACCUCCAAGAGGAAACCAUGAAACUCUGGCAUAUGAUGAUUCGAGUUACCAAGACCAUAGAAGAAAUUUUCCUACAGAAAGCAGGGAGUACAAUAAUCAAUACCUGCUGCCUCAUGCGAAGCAGCAGCAUAGAAUGGAGCCCCAAUUACCCUAUUAUGGUUUAUCUAAUCAGGGUGAGAACAAGCGUCUUAUGCAGGACGCCCCCGGGUUUAUGGCUCAGCCUCCACUUCCUACAUCCCCGCCACCACCAAUUCCUGUGGAACCAUCAAGAUUUCCGUUCCGGGGUGGUGUAAAUUCUGCUUCUUCGUUCCAUUCACCAUACUCUAUGGUUUCUGAAUCUGUGACAUCAGUGUCUUCUCACUACACUAGCAAAGGGUAUCCAAAUUCAAGUGGUUAUCAUCCAGAGGAAAUGCAAAGGAUGGCUUCAUCCAGGACAUUUAAUGGAGAAAGUGAAGACUUCCCCUCAAGGAAUCAGUCACUUGACAAGCCAAAAGUCAUUGAUGCAUCUCAUAUUUUGAAGCAUCCACACCGCGCAAGUCGCCCAGAUCAUAUUGUCAUUAUUUUGCGUGGACUUCCAGGGAGUGGUAAGAGCUACAUGGCUAAACUCUUGCGUGAUUUUGAGGUCGAAAAUGGUGGCACUGCUCCGCGGAUACAUUCCAUGGAUGAAUAUUUCAUGACAGAGGUUGAAAAGGUUGAGGAGAAUGAGGGCUCAAGAUCCUCUGGUUCAGUUAGAGGGAAGAAACUAGCUACGAAGAAGGUUAUGGAAUACUGUUAUGAACCUGAGAUGGAAGAGGCUUACCGGUCAAGCAUGUUGAAGGCAUUUAGAAAGACCCUUGAUGAAGGGGCAUUCCCCUUUGUAAUUGUGGAUGACCGCAAUCUGCGGGUAGCUGAUUUUGCUCAGUUUUGGGCAACUGCAAAGAGAUCAGGGUAUGAAGUAUAUUUACUAGAAGCCACAUACAAGGACCCAGCAGGCUGUGCUGCAAGAAAUGUCCAUGGUUUCAGUCAGAAUGACAUACUCCAGAUGGCUAACAGAUGGGAGGAUGCUCCAUCCCUGUAUAUGAAGCUAGACAUCAAGCCAUUGCUCCAUGGAGAUAAUCUUCAGGAAAACGGGAUUGAAGAGGUUGACAUGGAUACAGAAGAUGGCAACCAUAUUGGUGAUGCCUCAGAUUCUGAAGUUACAAAAAGUGAAAAGAGUUCAAGACCCUCUGAAGGUGUUCUUACCACUGAUGGCCCAUCAUCAGAUGAGCCGAAAGGGGAUGUUGGAGAAGAACAUCCAGUAGAGGUGAUGAAAGAUCUAGGAAAGAGUAAGUGGUCAAAUGAUUUGGAUGACGACGAUGUCGGCAAGACUGAAACAACCAGGGGAAACUCCAUUGCCCUAUCUAGCCUAAUUAAGUCGUACAGCAAGAAAGGUAAAUCUGUGCGUUGGGCUGAUCAGAUUGGCAAAAUCGGAUUCUCGAUCAGUGCUGGAAAGACAACAAAUGUAUCUCUAGUCAUUGGUCCCGGCUGUGGAUACACUUUGAAGUCGAAUCCCCUACCUGAAGAAGAGAAACUCAGCCAAAGAUACACUGGAGAACCAGGCAGGCGGAACGUCUUCCAAGACCAGUUGCGUGCUGAGCGCGAGUCGUUCAGAGCUGUUUUUGACAAGAGGAAACAUCGAAUCGGUGGGCUUGCUGCGGAUGAAGAAUAAUACUAGUAACAUUUGAUUUGAUUUUAUAUACUUGAGCAGUUCACCGUGUUGUAGCAUUGUUGUAUUAUAGUGACAUAUUGUUGACGAAAACUCUCAGUUUUGUUAUUUUUUCAUGAUCAUUAUCAAUAUUAUUACAAGGAAUUAUUAUUAGCAA